UAACAUUAAAUGAUUUUUUAAUAGAAAUGAAUGGCUUAAAAUAUUUACAUAACAAUUCAUUUUUAUCGGUAUGUAUUAACAAUAUACCAAAUAUUUUUUCUAGGAACUACGCUUUUAAAAGCGAUUUAAAAAUCAAAUGGGUACGACCAGAAAAAAUACCUUGUUUCAAGCCUCAGAAAAGUGGAGACUUACAAGGAUAUCCCGAUAUAGAUAAGAAACAAUUUCAACUGCAAUUCCGCGAUUCCAAAGAAUUGCAAACUGCAGAUGACAAUGUUAAAAAAUUGUUUACAUUAGAGUUUGCUCCAAGGAGCUGUAGUUCCAGAUUGUUUCAAUACAAUAUGAUGGAAAAAGUUAGGAGGCAUGAGCAUGAUUAUAGUACCGUAGAAACCAGAAUAGCUAGAUGGACUGGUAUUAUUAGAGCCAUGCAAGAAGUAAUGGAGAGAUUUCCAAGGAACAAAAAGACAAAGGUUACUUUAAAAGAACUAAUAGACAGGAGAAAGAAGCACUUGAAAUAUUUAAGAAGGUGGGAUUAUAAAAAAUUUGAAUGGUUGCUGGAAACUUUGGAUAUAGUAUAUAAACCACCACCUAAUCAUUUUCACUGGAUUACAAGAAAAGAGUCCUUAAGGAAGCUUACAGAUAAAUAUUGUGAUGGUAUUAAAGAGGACAGAUUAAAGCAAUAUAGGUUAAAGUUGGAAACUGAACAACCAGCAUUUUUAGAAGAAAAAAUUCGGGCUUUGCAGUUCAUUAGAGAUGAGCAGAAGGAAUGUGGAGCUGAGAUUACAAUAACUGAAGAAGAAAUUGAUGAGGUGAAGAAACAGUUGGAAGAUCUUAAGAAAAAUAUUAGAGAAAAUAAAACCAAUUGAGUCAAAUAAAGUUUUUAUCAAUA